AUGCUUGUCAUGAAGCACAUAAGCGUGAAUGGUUUAGUGGUAAAAUUCUCCGUUGCCAUCGGGGAGCCCUGGAUAUUCCUCCAUUCUGCCUCUUCCCUCUUCCCCUCUCUACGCGAAGAGGCACCAGGCCAGCCCCGGUCCUCGGCUUAUUCCGCCCGUCCCAAAAUUUCCAUGACAGCUACCUUCUCAGCCUUUACCGGUCUCGCCCAGAGAGCCAACACGCAGUCGCAGUCCGCAAUCAACCCGACAGGCUCUCCAAUCGCAGAAAUGGCCAAAAAGAAGAAUAAACAGCAGUUGGAGAUCACCCAAGACAAGGCCGGCGAGACCUCCGCACCAGGACCAGCACCAGCACCGGCACCAGUGCCAGGGCGCGCCUCUGUGUCCAGGCCUGUUCAGGGCCAUGCCACCAAGCCCACCGGCAGCAGCCCCACAGACGGCGUCCCUGCCCUCAUCAUCUGCCGCAACAAACACUGGCGCUACAUCUCCUCCUUCCACGGCCCCUGGCUCCAGAUGCCCAUCGAAAUCCUCGAGACCAUCGCCAACGUCAACUACAACGCCCCGCGACCGCGCCCCAUCGACCCCGCCGUCCUCUUCGACCUCGUCAAGAUCCGCCGCCUCGUCGACGAAGCCACCAACCUCGCCGUCCGCGCCGCGAGCGACACCACCUCCCCCGCCCUCGGGAACCUCUACGGGGGCGGCGGCGGCGGCGGCGCGGGCGGCGGGGGCGCCAAGCUGAGCCGGGAGCGCAAGUUCCGCAUGCGCGAGCAGGCCGCCCAGAAACUCGCCCGCGCCUACCGCUUCGACGAGAUCGCCUGCAGCGUCGCCACCAUGCAGGGCGCCUCCACCCUCGAGGGGAUCGGCUCCUUGGUUCUGCAGCGCAACCCCGCCGACCCGGACGCCAAGUACGUCCACUUCUUCCACGAGAAGAUCCCCUCGCGCCAGCUCGCCGCCUCCACCAGCCUGACCCCCCUGCGCGAGAUCAUCGACGCCCGCCCCACCGACCCCGAGACCUGGCGCACCCGUGCCACCGUCCGCAUCUUCAAGGAGGAUUACGAGGGUGCCGCUAUGGAUCUGACCCAGGCUCUGCAGGUCCAUCGCUUCCACCGCCCGCACCUCGCCUUGGCUGCUGCGGCCGGAUCCGCCGUGCUGGGCAGCACGCGGAGGCCGCCCGAUGUCAUCUUGACCGAGGACCAACAGCCGAGCAGUCUGGAAACCCAGCUCCUCUUCCAGCGAGCUGGUGUCUAUCUCACCAUCGCAUGCCAGCAUGUGGCCGCGGGGCUGCCUGAUCAUCCUCUUGCUGGUCGGAAGAAUGGUCAGAAUGCCCAGGCCGAUGCCGAUGCCGAUGCCGAUGCCGCCGCCGAGUCGCCGCGCGAACUUUCCCCGGAGGACAAGGAAGCCUCGCGCCGCUCACUCGAGCACCGCAAGCUGGUCAAGACAUACGCCAAGCGAGCCUUAAGGGACUACAUGGGUUACUUGGCCCAAUUCGACUACACCCCCGACCUCCCCGUCAAGCUGACCAGGGAUUUCACCGAGAAGAUCAACAUGUCUGCCCAGGGUAACCGCCACCCUCGCCUUCCAGAUUCCGGGACCACCCCGACAUACACCGUGUACCCUCUCCCGGACCUCUUCAACGCCGUCCCCCCUGCCCAUCUCCCCGCCUACCCGCCCCAAGACGUCGUCAUGUCACGCAAUCGUGGUGGCCCCGCCCCGCCCUCCUCUGCCAGCAACGAGGCCGUCGCCUACCACCCCCUCCUCACCGAUGCCCUCCACUCCCUCCUCCUCUGCCACUGCCUCGUCCAGACCUCUGCCAAGGAGCUCCUCCGCCACGCCUACAUGGUCGCCCGCCUCGCCCGCCUCGCCGACGGCUAUCCCGUCUUCCAAGCCAGCCGCUCGCCCGCCCGCGCCGACUGGCUCGAAGUCCUCCGCCGCGCCAACAACUGGAUCCAGCUCACCCCUUCGUGGGAGCAGCUCUGCGCCCCGGCCCCGCUACCCGCCUUGGACGACCGAGGAGGCGACGGCUCAUCAUCAUCAUCAUCAUCAUCAUCAUCAUCAUCAGCGCCGCCCAAGUCGCGCCUCCAUCACCCGGCCCCCGACCUCGCCGCUGCCGCCGCCGCCGCCGCCGCCGUCACGCGCGGGAAGGCCGCGGAGGAACCCCCCCUAGCCGUCGAGGAGGCAGACGAGCAGCAGCGCCGCGAGCGCAUACGGCAGCAGGCCAUCAUGGAAACAUUCGAGGACGACCGCGUGGUCGACGAGGCGACGUUCCGCGCGGCGGUGACGGCCCGGCAGAACCGCGCCGAGGCGGACCAUUUGGAGGAGCAACAGAAGCUACGGAACGGCGGGACCAACGGCGCUGGCGGUCCGAAGCCCUCGUCUGUGACGACGACGACGACGACGACCCGGGGCGAAGGCGCCGCUGGCCCUUCAUCCUCUUCUCCUUCUUCGUUAGAUCAGUACAGGCAAGGAAGUGGCAGCAGUCACUUGCAGGGCCCCGGGUCGUCGACCCUCCGCCGCUGGAGCGUGGAUGACGGCCGCGAGUAUCCCAUCCUCACCGAACGCGCAGCUGCCGUUGCGCGCUGGGUGCUGGAGGCGCCGGCCGGAGCGGGGUUGACGCGCCGGAAGAAGAAGGGCAGUGCCGCGAAGAAAGAGAAGACCGCUAAACCUGCGACCUCCGAGGAAUCAAUUGCCUAGCCGGAUGACGCAGGUGUCCAAAUACAGCGUAACCGUAAUACGAUAAAACAGCAGCGUAGAUGGAGUAGUUGAUUCUACUUGAAUGGGCAUCUAGAUAUGUCAACAGUGUGCCACGAGAUGAAGUGUAUUUGAACCAACUUAGCCUGUUACACUGGUCUUGCUGCUGCUGCUGCUGCUGCUCUGCUGUCCAGUGAUAUAUUCGCUCGUCGCCGUGUCAUUUGAUUUACCUGUGGAGGCAUGAACAAGUUUGGGGCCCUUUUGCGUCUAUCCAUCUCUUGCCCUGAACACGGUAAUACGGUGGAUGAUAGAUCGAACCAUAGUCAAUGUGCCCAAAAGAACAGGGGUAAAAGGCGCUUUCCCC